CCCUUUCCUUUCCCUUCCCAAAUCUUUCAAAAAAUCCACUUCCUAACAAACUCUAACCGACUUCCAAAUUCAGUUAUUAUUAUCAUCAAUAUUUUGUUAAUCAAUAAAUUCUGUUAAUUAAUUAUGUUUAUGUCUACUAAUAAUAAUACAAAUUCAAAGAAAGACAUGGAUCGGAUAAAAGGUCCAUGGAGCCCCGAAGAAGACGAAAUGUUACAACAAUUAGUUGACAAACACGGCGCGAGAAACUGGUCGUUGAUCGGAAAAUCGAUUCCCGGCCGAUCCGGUAAAUCCUGCAGAUUACGAUGGUGUAAUCAACUCUCGCCACAAGUCGAACACAGAGCGUUCACACCGGAAGAAGACGAGACGAUACUACGCGCACACGCGCGGUUUGGUAACAAAUGGGCGACGAUUGCGCGGUUAUUGAACGGCCGUACGGAUAACGCUAUUAAAAACCAUUGGAACUCUACUUUGAAAAGAAAGUGUUCUUCGAUGACUAAUGAAGAGUUUAAUGAGUUCGCUAUUCAACAACCUUCGUUGAAACGGUCGGUUAGCGCCGGUGCUGACGUGGCGGUUUCGGUUUCUGGUAAGUAUUUUAAUCCAGGAAGUCCUUCUGGAUCUGAUGUUAGCGAUAACGGUGUACCGGCGAUAUCUUCUAGUCAUGUUUACCGUCCGGUGGCGAGAUCUGCGGUUUCUCCGCCGUCGCCGAAACCGCCGGUGGUAGAUCCGCCGACGUCGUUGAGUUUAUCGCUUCCUGGAGUUGAAAAUGCGGAGACUUCGGCGAUGGAGAUUCGGUUAGCGGUGGCGCCGCCGUUGCCGCCUGCGAUUCCGAUGCCGGUAAGGCAGUUGCCGGUGGAUUUGAAUGAUAAGGUAUCGGCGGAGAUGAUGACGGCGAUUCCGAUGGCGGUAUCGACGGCGAUGAAUGAGUUGAAAGUAUCUGGAAAUCAGGCGGUGGAUGAGGAUAGUGAGAAGAUAUUUAGGCCUUUUAGUGCGGAGUUUUUGAGUGUGAUGCAAGAGAUGAUAAGAAAAGAAGUUAGGAAUUAUAUGACCGGAGGAUUUGAUGGUCAACAGACGGUGGUUAAUGGCGGCGGAGAUGGAUUUAGGAAUGCAGCGGUGGUUAAGAGAAUGGGAAUUAGUAAGAUUGAUUAGACAAAUAUUAUUACUCUUAGAAUUUUGGAGAGAAUUGAUAUAUGACGAAAUCGGAGAAAUGGAAUGGAAUUGGGAUGAUCGGAGAAUUGGAAAGGAAGGGAAUAGGAAAGGGGAAGAAACAACAAUCUUUUUUGUUAUAUUUCUCUCGUUUUUUUAAAAUUAAUUUAAUUAAUAUCUAAAUAUAUGUCCAUGGGAGAAAUAAGUAUAUGCACAGAGUAAGCAAAAGUAAAAAAGUAAAGACUUUCGUUGUCUUUGAUCA